AUGCAAAUCCCCGUCAUCCUCACCGCCCUGCUUGGACUGGCCGCCGCGAGCCCGGCGCAGGAGCUGCCCAGCGUCGAGAAGCGCUGCACCGCCGUGGGUCAGAACUGCGGCCAAGCGCAGGUGUGCUGCCCUGGGUCGGCCUGCAGCUACCAAAACUACCGGUGCACCGCGUACGGGACCGCCGGGCAGUACUGCGGCAACGCGGUGCCCUGCGCGGCCGGCCUCGGCUGCAGCACCUCGGGCUACUGCACGCCCUACGGAAAGGCCGGGCAGUACUGCGGCAACGGCGUGCCUUGCGAGGCCGGGCUGAACUGCAACUGGAAGGCCGUCUGCGUUUGA